AUGGACGAGACGAGCGGCAUUGUGCGCGCUUUGGAGAUGAGGAUGGAAGAGAUGCAGAGGAGGCACGAAGAGAUGCAAAAGAAACACGAAGAGGAGAUGGCGGCCGUGCGGGCCGAGUGUCUAGCUCAGCUCCGCGGGGAGAAGGAAAAGCAGACGGGGGAAGGCAGCAAGGAGGCCCACAGUAGUGCACAGGGUCAGGGUGACCAAGAGAAAGGGAAGCAAAAGAGUACUGAGGAGGAGGAGAAGGAGAAGGGAGAAGAAAGUUUGGUGUUGGUUAAAUCGGAGAUGCCGUCGGUACCAGUGCCGUUCGUCCAAGCUGUGAUGGACGUCCGUAUUUCAGAUCAAUUCAUUCCCCCGCAAUUCAAUAUGUACGACGACACCGGUGAUCCCGAAGCACAUGUCAAGUCAUUUACCAAUGCCAUGGCCUUCCGGACGGGAAGUGACGCCAUCUGGUGCCGGGCAUUCUCUCUGUCCCUCGAGGGCGAAGCCCUAGAGUGGUUCAACUCCAUACCUAACGGCUCGAUAGAAAACUUCAAAGGGUUAAGCGGCAUGUUCAACGAUCAAUUCGCCGCAUGCCGACCACAAGAUACUACUCUGGUCGAUCUGAUGAAUCUGAAGCAAGGAAAAGAGGAGGCACUUAGAACCUUCAUGGACCGAUUCACUAAAGCGGUUCGACGGGUCAGGGGACUGAGCGUGGAGAUGGCCCUGCAGUAUGUAAUGCCGGCUCUCAGGCCGGGACCCUUUAAGGAGAGCGUCUGCCGAACUCCACCUAAAACAUUGGAAGAAUUACGCCAGCAGGCGGCGGACGAGGCAAGGGUGGAGGAAAUGAAACAAAAUUAUCGAAGGGAGGUGCAGGAAGCGAAGGAUAAGGGCGAGAGCAAACAACAGGGUCAAUCGCAGCGACCGGGCGGUGUAAAGGGGCGAGACGGCUCCCGGGUCCCCCGCUUCCCCCAAUACACUCCCCUCAAUGCUCCCCGGGCGCGGAUACUACAGGAAGCUCUAAGCACACAGAUAAUGCGUGCCCCGCAAAAACGUCCAAAUCUUCCGGGAGCCGAUAGCAGUAAACACUGCCUAUACCAUCAAAAUAUGGGCCAUGACACCGAAGAUUGCAUGACGCUCAAGGAUCGAAUAAAGGAGCUCAUCCAGGCUGGACAUUUGAAACAAUACGUAAGAGGCUACCAGAACGAAACCGUCCUUGCCGGACGUCCGAGGCCAUUAUCGGACAGGGGACAUAGAGAUGACCGUCCGCGACACCCGCGCGGGCACGUCGGACGGGGAAGGAGCUCAGAGAGGCGAAGGGAGAGAAGUAGGAGCCGUAGCAGAAGCCACGCGGGCGGUAACACGGGACCGUUACGGGGGAUGAUUAACACGAUCUCUGGCGGAUUUGCAGGAGGAGGAACGUCGUCAUCGGCACGAAAGAGGAGCAUCCGUCAUCUGCGGUCCAUACACGCCGUCGACGUUCCUAAGCGGACGAUGCCCCCCAUCACAUUCUCUGAUGCAGACUUCCAUGCACCGGAUCCUGAACAGGAUGACCCGAUGGUCAUCACAGUUGAAAUCGCGAGGUACGGAGUAAGCAAGGUGUUGGUUGACCAGGGGAGCUCGGUCAACAUACUCUACUGGAAAACAUUCCGACAAAUGGACAUCUCCGAAGACCUCAUAGUCCCGUACGAUGAGCAGCUGGUGGGUUUUGCAGGUGAACGAGUCGACACCAAAGGUUAUCUGGACCUAUGGACGCGUAUCGGCGCCGACCGCGAGACCGAAGAGAAGAAAGUGCGAUACUUGUUGGUAGACGCUAACACUUGUUGGUAG